AUUAUCACAAAAUUUUUCAUUCUCGAUAAUGGUUUGGAAAAAAAAGAAGCGAGGUGGAAGCAAAAAAAACCGUCAAGAAGCGCCACGAGAAAGAGAUAAUACUAAAAGUCUCUUUGACGACAUUGUAAGAGAGAAUGAAGCCUUAGAAAGGUUUUACAAGGCUCAAAAUAUUAUACCUGAAACAGAAUGGGAAAGGUUUAUGGAAGUAAAUAAAACCACUCUUCCUACGUCUUUUCGUAUUACAGGGAGUCGAAGGUAUCCGGAUGAACUUGGUUGGCAACAUUCUGCUUCAAGGAAUGUAAUUAAAAAAAGUCUUGUUUUUCAAAAUUUUCAUAAAUGGUUGGUUGCAGAAACUGAAGUGGGAAAUAUUAGUCGUCAGGAAGCAGUUAGUAUGAUACCACCUUUACUCCUAGAUGUUAAACCUGGUCAUUGGGUGCUCGAUAUGUGCGCAGCUCCAGGAUCAAAAACUGUACAAAUAAUCGAAGCGAUGCAUGCAAAUGACUUACAAGAUAAGAUGAUUCCUUGUAAGUCUAACUAA